AAAUGUAAACAAUCAUCAAAAACAUAAACAAACUCGGAAUCGAACGCUCAGUGCGAUAAAACGUGCCUUGUUAUCGGAAACCAAAGAAAAUGAAUAUGAGUUUAGUGUAUUUAUAGGAAGUUCCGUACCGUAUAUAGCGAAUCAUGGCGUCCAAAGGAAGUUUAUUUGCUUAUAACCUUAGAGCGAAGAAGAAAAUCGUACCAGAACUAGCACGAACGCUUCCACUGCCGGUUAACGAUAAAGCCCAGACUGAACCAUUGCAGAUAGAUGCCGUUUUUACGGGUUUCUCAGUUGAUGUUACGGAUUCCGAAUCCAUUCGUUUGCUAUGCUUAAAUGGAGGUUUCGGACAAGGUAUGUUGUCACGAGCAUUUCCGGCUUGUCUUACAGCCACGCGUGAGCUGGUGCGGAAACGCAAACGGAACACAAAUGUGGAACCAACUCAAGAUACUGUGAACGAACCCUUGUGUUUAUUCUUAGAAGAAGCGUUCUUUCUUAUGCAUACGCUAAACAUUUUACGGGUAACAGAUUUGUUCGGUAAGAGUAUAGACGUACGAGCAGCUUUCGAAAGGUUUCGCAAAGUAAAGCAAAACUUCCUAGCGUGCUAUAGCGCAUAUUUGUACCUCAAGUCGAAGAACUGGGUCAUAAAGAGUGGAAUCAAAUUCGGAGGAGAUUUUGUGAUUUACGUGAAAGGACCACAGUUUUACCAUGCAUCGUACAUUGUGCUGAUAAAGGAAAUGCUGGAGGGAAAACAGAUCAAUUCACACACGGUUGAUGGGCUGGACUUUCAGGGGUUCAAUCGGAUUGCGGAAACAACGGCAAAGGAUGUGCUGUUUCUUGAAGUACACUAUCCCGCAAAUCUGGAUCUCUCGGACGCUGGAGCCUGUCUGGAGCAAUUGAAGGAUAUUCGUGUUGCGGAACUAUUUACUAAGCACCACAAUUACUUGGCAGCACGAAAUCAGUCAUGAAAUACAGUGUGCGUGAGGCAUUUCUACUGAAUAACUUUA